UCACUGAAUCACUCUUUCAUUUGAGCGCACGCCUGACGGGCGAUGCGUGUUGUACUGUGAUGGCACUUUAUAACACUUUUGUAAAUUUAACAUUUUUAUGAUAUUUGUGUGCUUAGUAUCCUUCUUAGUGUAAUUUAAUUUUAAUUUAUAUAUUUGCGUUUACAAUGGCGAAUCAAACCCAGAAAAUCGUUUACAAAAUGGUCCUCACUGGAGGACCGUGUGGCGGCAAAACCACCGGCCAGUCGCGCCUCAGCACGUUCUUUGAGAAUCUAGGAUGGAAGGUGUUCCGGGUGCCGGAAACGGCUACCGUGCUCCUCAGUGGUGGUAUCAAGUUUGCGGAUCUCACCCCAGAGGAAGCACUAAAAUUCCAGGAGAACCUUUUGAAGACCAUGAUCCAAAUUGAGAACACUUUCUUCGAGCUGGGGAGGACUUGCCAGAGGAAUUGCUUGAUUAUAUGCGAUAGGGGAGCGAUGGACGCCAGUGCAUUUAUAUCAAAAGAGAAGUGGGAGGCCAUGCUGUCGGCGAACAACUGGAACAGCGUGGAGUUGCGCGAUAACAGAUACAAUCACAUCGUCCACAUGGUCUCCGCUGCCAACGGGGCCGAAGACUUUUACUCCACAGAGGAUCACGCUUGCCGGUCUGAAGGCGUUGAACUGGCCAGGGAGCUCGACUACAACGCGGCGGCGGCAUGGAUCGGUCAUCCAUACUUCGACGUGAUCGACAACUCCACCGACUUCGACAAGAAGAUGAACCGGCUGAUCGCAUGCGUGUGCCAGAAGAUCGGUAUCGACACCGGCGACCGGCUCAACGUCAACUCCAAGAAGCGCAAGUUCCUCGUCAAGACGCCUCUCGUCGCCGACACUGAGUUCCCGCCCUUCCAAGACUUCGAUGUCGUACACAACUACUUGCAAAGUGAUCUCCGUAAAGCGCAAGUCAGGCUUCGCAAGCGUGGACAGAAGGGCCACUGGUCCUACAUUCACACUCUCAGGAAAUUCCACCCGACGAAUGGGCAGUCGGUAGAGGUCAGGACCCAGCUGACACAUCGGGAUUACCUGAACCUGCUGCCGCAGCGUGAUGACGCGCACUUCACUAUCUUCAAGAAGCGUCGUUGUUUCAUUUACAACAACCAGUACUAUCAGUUGGACAUUUAUAGGCAGCCCACGCAUCCCAGGUGUCGCGGGCUGGUCCUGCUGGAGACUUACAGCGCGGCCUACGACCAGGACACGUUGCUGGCGUCUCUGCCCAAGUUCCUGACCAUAGAGAAAGAGGUCACCGGCGACCCCGCCUACUCUAUGUACAACUUGUCGCUCAAGGAAGAUUGGAAGACCUCAAAAAAGUAUUACACGGGUAUUGACAGCAACGGGCAUGUUAAAAACUUGAACCACCACAAUGAUGACAAACACAGUGGUCAUAAUGGAGUAGCGAAAAUGAAUGGACACGCCACUGAGAAAAUGAACGGGUACGCAACUGAAAAGAUAAAUGGGCACGCCGUGGAUAAAAUUAACGGGUACAAUGAUAGGGGCAACGCACGCGGGGGGAAGAUGAACGGCCACCACGUCAGCAACGGCCACGCGCCCAAACUGAACGGCGCCGCCCACGACGCUGAGCUCGACAAUUUCAAGAAAAGCCACCGAAUGGAUCUCGGAUCACCAAAGAUUACUACAAAGGUUGCCGUCAAAAUUUAAAAACACAUUCAUUGAUCUUUAGAUUUUGAAAUUGUAUGAAAUUUCACUUUGUAACACUUCAAUAUACACUAAAUUAUGAAAUACCAUUAAUCUUAAGAUCUAUUUAAAUGUACUAUUUAAUUAUCACCAACCAUCUUUAAAUGGAUCAUGUAUGCUCGUAUAAAUAUUGUAUUUAUUCAAAAUAAUUGUAUAAAUUGCCAAAAUGAUAACUAUUUUUGUAGUAUUCCUUGAAUAUAACAAUAUUUUACAUAGGUAACACAUCCAAGAAACACCACCGCAUAUUUAUAAAGGAAUCUGAAAAGAAUAUUUCAGGAACAAUGAAAUGUUUUGUAUUGUUUGUGCCUUUACACUAUAUAUUGAAUAUUUAAAUACUUUUCAUAAAGUAAUAAAUGUAAUAACAAAUUAUUCAUCCACAUUAAUAGUACUUAAAGUGUUGCAAUAAUAUUAAUUAAGUAUUAUUGCAGUAUGUAAACACUAUCACUAGUGUUUUAGGUAUGAAUGUACCUAACGCGAUAGCAUUUUAUUUAUAGACUUAAUUUUAAUAAUGUAAUUUGACGACGUUAUUAAUUUGAUAAUUAGGGCGUUGCAGUAAAUCGUUUUAAUUUGUAUAUUGAUACGUGAAAUUUUAAUGUCUCGGUGUUGUGUGGUCACGUAGAUCGUUCACACUUGUUUGUCUAAAGGGGUCCAAAAGUAAACGAUAUUGAACACCGUUCGUACAAAUAUACUCUACUAAAACGGUCCCCUAUGUUUCUAUUUUAGUGGCCUUUUAGCGUUGGAUUUUGUCUAAUAUAGAAUAUAUUUUUGAUUAAGAAGAAACAGCAUAUUUAUGUGGCGUAGAUAUAAUUCGAUGUAGAAAUUGAUGUCGUCGCAAUGUCACUGUUUCUGUUGUCGGGGGAGCCUAGUACUUACCAAAAUCAUAAAAACAAUUUUACAAAAGUAUUUUAAGCCACCUUUAUAUUUAAUUUCAAUGUAUUGAAGAUUAUACAUCUACUGUAUAGCGGUUUGCUAAAUAGCUGUAAAGCUAUUCGAUCGUUUGGCAAAGAUCCACGGUAGCAUUGUUAAUGGCUGUGCUAUUAUAAUUGAGCAAUUGAGAGCUCUAAAUCUAAAGGCAAAUGUUGGCGGCAAAUGUGCCAACUGAUACAAUAGCCGUUUGCACCAAAUUAAUGAAGAAAGCAGCAAGCAUGCUUGCUUUAUUGCGAUAAGAACGCCAGAAUAAUUCUUAAUUAUUUUGUAGACUAUUGUAUUUCAAUAAUGUACUUUAAAUGAAAUAAUAUGUAUUACAUUAUAAAAAAUGUAUUUUGUUUUGGUGCAUCGUGCUAAAAGCUUUGGGCGUAAAAAUCUCAAAAUUGCAUGUGUACUUCUCGCAUUGUUUCUUAAUAAAAGAAAAUGCGUCAUUGAU